AUGAAUGUAUCAACUAGUGCUUUAGGAGUAAGAAGAAGAAAAGUAACAACACAAAACAUUGAUGAUGAAGAAAAUUCUGCCGUAUUAAAAUUAGGACCAGAAUUCCAACUAAAUCAAAUCACAAAUGAUGGAGAAGAACAACAAUUAAUUGCAUUAAAUUUAUCCGAAGCAAGAUUAUUAAUUCGAGCAGCAUUAAAAGAAAGAAAACAUAAUAAAAAUAAAAAUAAAACCAGAAAAAAGGGAGGUAAUAAUAAUAAUAGUAGUAGUAUUAGUAAUAGUGGUAACAAAAAUCGUUUGAAUGGGAAUCAUAAUACUAAUGUGGGUGAUAUUAAUGGAGGUGAUGGAGAUAGCAAUAUUGAUGGAAAUAAUAUAAGUAAUAAUAAUGAUAAAGACAUAAAUGGAGAUAGACAAAAUAAAGGUAACAACGACGACAAUGAUGACGACGACGACGACGAUGACGAUGACGAUGAUGAAGAUGAAGAAGAUAUGAAAGAAGAUGAAAUAUCAAAUAUGGAAUUAGCAGGACCAAAUUCAAAUGAAAUUGUUCAUAAAACAUUAAAUUUUUUAACUAAUUUUGCUAGAUUUAAAAAUCGAUCAAGUUGUGAAACUGUUGAAAAAUUAUUAAAUGAUUUUAGUGAACAUUGUAAUGAACCUUUACAUCCAUUUGAAUUGGCUCAAUUAGGUACAUUAGAAUGUGAAGAUCCAGAAGAAGCAAAAUCUUUAAUACCAAGUUUACAAAAUAAAGUAUCAGAUGUACAAUUACAAACUUUAUUAACUGAAUUAAGAAAAUAUCAAACCUUGUCAUAA